AACCAGAGACCACAGGACCAGUUAAGAGGCUUUCAUAGAAAUCUAUCUAAAAGAUUGUUAGUUUGAGCCAGGGCAGAUGGAAAGAAAUGAAUGGAACCGAUGGAUGUGAAUGACUAGAUAUGAGGGUUAUGGGAAAGGGAAGAAUUAAGGAUAAUGGCCAUUUUUGGUUUGGGCAACAGGGAAGUUCCAUUUACAGAUAUAGAAAACAAGGGCAAGAGAACAGAUUAAGAGAGGAAAGACUAUAAUUUCAGGUUUCAGCAUGUAGACUUGAAAGUGGAAUAUUCAAUGUAUGAGUCUGAGUUUUAGAAAGGGUGAUUCUGGAUAGAGACAACAUUGUCAGCAUAUGGAUGGUCAUUGGUGCCUUUGAGAGGGUCUUAGGACCAAAGAAUGCUAGGGCAGAACCUUGACGAAAAUCAACACUUAAGAGACGCAGGGUACAGGAAGAGAGGUGGAGGAAAACCAGGGAGCGCAGAGUCAGGGAAGUCAGGGCAGAGAGUGCUUUUAGAAGGAGGGCACAGUCAGCAGGGUCAAGUUAGGGAGAGUCUGAGUGACAGGAGGACUAGGAAGUGUUCACCAGCUUCAGUAACACGGAAGUUAUGAGCCAUGGCUGAGGGCAGUUCAGGUGGAGCAGUGGAGGCCAUAGUUCACUGGUGAUUACGAGGUGUAAUGGAGAGUGUAGGCAUUUGUACUACGAUAUUUUGCUUUAAAGAGGAGGUGAGCUGAUGCUAACUACCUGCAGGAAUAGACAGAGCUGAGGAUAGCUAUAUCUAUAUCUACAACUACUCCAUGCCUAUCUUCUCUUUUAGAUUUAAGAGACUUGAGCUCUUAAACUUCAAAGCUGCUGAAGGGAAGGAGUGAGUAGAAAGGAGAGUGAUAGAUGGCAGGAUGUCUGCAGGAAACUGGAUCCAAGACUGGUGGAUAAGGAUAGCAGCCUUGACAGGAGGAAGAACUCGUCUCCCAUCAAGACAGACAGCAGGAAGCAGAGAUGGGGAGGAAGAGCUGGGGGCAGCAGCCAUGCCUACCUGGGAGGCCCGCCCCGCGUCCCCAGACCGCUUUGCGGUGUCUGCGGAGGCUGAGAACAAGGUUCGGGAACAGCAGCCUCAUGUGGAGCGCAUCUUCAGCGUGGGGGUGAGUGUCCUUCCGAAGGACUGUCCGGACAACCCCCACAUCUGGCUGCAGCUGGAGGGCCCUAAGGAAAACGCCAGCAGAGCCAAGGAGUACCUGAAGGGCCUCUGCAGCCCAGAACUGCAGGAUGAAAUCCAUUACCCGCCAAAACUGCACUGCAUCUUUCUGGGAGCCCAGGGCUUCUUCCUUGACUGUCUGGCCUGGAGCACAUCAGCCCAUCUGGUGCCCAGGGCGCCCGGCACACUGAUGAUCAGUGGCCUGACUGAGGCUUUUGUCAUGGCUCAGAGCCGGGUAGAAGAGCUGACAGAGCGGCUGAGCUGGGACUUCACGCCAGGACCAUCUUCCGGAGCCUCUCAGUGUACUGGAGUGCUGAGAGACUUCUCUGCCCUGCUGCAGUCGCCGGGGGAUGCCCAUAGAGAGGCUCUGCUGCAGUUGCCCCUGGCUGUCCAGGAGGAGCUGCUGAGUCUGGUGCAGGAGGCGUCCAGUGGGCAGGGGCCAGGAGCGCUGGCUUCUUGGGAGAGGCGGAGCUCAGGCUUGCUCCGUGCUCAGUGCCAAGAAGAGAGAGCUCCCCCUAGUGACGGCAGGGAGUCCCUGGACACUGGAUCUGUGGGACCCAGAGAUUCCAGGGGAGCAAGGGGAGACAAUUAUGCUGUGGAAAAGGAGGGAGGGAAACAGGGUGGUCCCAGGGAGAUGGAUUUGGGGUGGAAGGAAUUGCCUGGGGAAGAGGCCUGGGAGAGAGAAGUGGCCCUCAGGCCACAGUCAGUGGGUGGAGGGUUAAGGGAGUCAGCACCCCUGAAAGGGAAGGCCCUGGGGAAGGAGGAGGUAACUCAAGGAGGAGGAGGGGUCUGUGUCCACCGUGAGCCUCCCGGUGCCCAUGGCUCCUGUCACAGGGCAGCUCAGUCCCGAGGAGCCUCCCUCCUCCAGCGGCUCCACAAUGGGAAUGCCUCUCCUCCAAGGGUGCCCAGCCCUCCGCCUGCACCAGAACCCCCAUGGCACUGUGGAGACCGGGGUGACUGGGGAGACCGGGGAGAUGGUGGGGACAGGGGAGACAAGCAGCAGGGCAUGGCACGGGGUCGGGGGCCUCAAUGGAAACGAGGUGCCCGAGGGGGCAACUUGGUGACUGGCACACAGCGUUUCAAGGAGGCCCUGCAGGAUCCUUUCACACUGUGCCUUGCCAAUGUGCCUGGCCAGCCAGACCUCCGCCAUAUUGUCAUUGACGGCAGCAACGUGGCCAUGGUGCAUGGCCUUCAGCACUACUUCUCCAGCCGGGGCAUUGCCAUUGCUGUGCAGUACUUCUGGGACCGUGGCCACCGUGACAUAACUGUCUUUGUGCCUCAGUGGCGCUUCAGUAAGGAUUCCAAAGUCAGAGAGAGUCACUUCCUGCAAAAGCUGUAUUCCCUCAGCCUGCUCUCCCUCACACCCUCACGAGUCAUGGAUGGCAAGAGGAUCUCCUCCUAUGAUGACAGGUUCAUGGUGAAGCUGGCUGAAGAGACAGAUGGGAUAAUUGUCUCCAAUGACCAGUUCCGGGACCUGGCGGAGGAGUCUGAGAAGUGGAUGGCAAUCAUCAGAGAACGCCUGCUGCCCUUUACCUUUGUGGGAAACCUCUUCAUGGUACCUGAUGACCCACUGGGACGAAACGGCCCCACCCUGGAUGAAUUUCUGAAGAAGCCAGCCAGGACACAAGGGUCUUCUAAGGCUCAGCAUCCUUCCAGGGGCUUUGCAGAACAUGGUAAACAGCAGCACGGGAGAGAAGAGGAAAAAGGUAGUGGUGGCAUUCGGAAGACCCGGGAAACAGAGCGGCUCCGGCGGCAGCUGCUGGAGGUGUUUUGGGGUCAGGAUCACAAGGUGGACUUCAUCCUGCAGCGGGAGCCAUACUGCCGGGACAUUAACCAACUGUCUGAGGCCCUGCUCAGUCUUAACUUUUGAGCCUCACCUGCUUGAGUGGUUGCCGCCCCGUCAGCUCCAGCCGCCUCCACCUCAGCCCUUUCUGUGAGAGUCCCUCUGCUGCUCACACUCUGAUCCAGAGGCACCCUGAGUUGAUGCUUUGGAUCAGGGAAGCCACUUUGGGACAGGUCCAUAAAGUGACCUGAUCUUACCGAGUGAGGACCUCAGCCAGCUCUCAAGAGGUUCUGCUCAGCCUUAACUUCUCAACUUUGCCUUAGCACAGGGUUUCUGUAGGGAGUAGGGGCUGCUGGAGAGGAUUAGUUCUGGACACUGAGACUGUUGGCUCCACCUCCAAGCUGAGCUGGGGUGGAGGGCGGGGUGGAGGGCAGGGUGGAGGGCAGGGUGGGCGGGAACUGACAGGAAGUUAAGCUGUUCCUCUCUCUGGCUGCUGCUGUGGAUGGCCAGAGGACAGGAUACUCCCUGGCUGAGCUCCUGGGAGUGUGGAAGGAGACGCUGGGCCCUGGAAGGGCCACAGCAUUAUGUGGAUGGGGCCACGAUAGGAUGGAGUGAGCUAGUGAAGAAGGCAGAGGGAGACUUGGCUUCUGGUCUCAGCUAUGCCUGUUUGUGACCUUGAUUGAGUUGCUUGGGCUUUACUUCCGCCUACAAAUCAGUGGUAAAAAUACCUGUUGGGAGGAGAAAUGAGAACAUAGAGGAAAGCUUCUUGGAGAAAAGGUGCUUGGACCAAGUCUCAGGUGUGUCUGCCUGUGGCUGCACAGGCUCUCUAACCAAAACCUCACUUUCAGAGAGAUGUGGGUCCUUUGUCUUCAGGGUCCACACCCUAGAUUUUAACACUGCAUUCUCACUAUAACAUGCCCUAUAAUGGCUGCAUCCCUUUUGAGCAACCUCCAAAAUCCACAUUUAUACAAUAGGUAAAUUAGGGAUGACUGCAUUAUCAGAAUACUCUCAGGGUUCCUAUAAAUGGCAGCUCUCCUGUUGUAUUCAAGUGUUUGUUUACAGACUAACAAAUUUGUUGGCAAAUCCCUGGUUAGAUGCACUUGCUGGUGUUGAGAUGAACACAUCGAUUUUUCACCAAAUCGAUGAAGCCAUGCUCUGCAAUGACAAUAUUAAUGUGAUCCAACCCUAACAUUUUCUCUAUGGAAGAUAUAUGUUGCAUAAAGUGAGGCACACUUCUGCUUUA